AGUACUGUACUUCAGCUGCUGUUGCUACUCUGAGGGAAGUUCUGCUACUCCACCAACUUUUUCUUUGUCUAGGAACAUGGCCAACAAGAAAGUAAUUGCAGUAUUUGGAUCAACAGGAGCACAGGGUGGCUCUGUGGCGAGGGCCAUUUUGGAGAGCAAAAAUUUUGCAGUGAGAGCAUUGACCAGGGAUGUGACUGGACCAAAUGCGCUGACACUCCGUGACCUUGGUGCUGAGGUGGUAAAAGGUGACCUGAACGAUGAAACAUCUGUGGAGGCUGCCUUAAAAGGUGCCUAUGGGGCCUUCGUGGUUACCAACUUUUGGGACCAUUUCAGCAAAGAAAAGGAAGUGUGCCAGGGGAAGAUGGUGGCACAGGUGGCCAAGCGCCUGGGCCUGAAGCACGUGGUGUUCAGCGGCCUGGAGAACGUGCGGCGGCUGAGCGGGGGCAAGCUGCAGGUGCCACACUUUGACGGGAAGGGCGAGGUGGAGGAGUACUUCUGGUCCAUUGGUGUCCCCAUGACCAGCGUCCGCAUGGCAGCCUACUUUGAAAACUUUCUCACCGCGUGGAAGCCGGUGAAGGCCCCUGAUGGAGAUUACUACACCUUGGCACUGCCAAUGGGGGAUGUACCAAUGGAUGGUAUCUCUGUUGCUGAUGUUGGAGCAGUCGUCUUGAGCAUUUUUAAUUCUCCAGAGGAGUUUAUAGGCAAGGCCGUGGGCCUCAGCGCAGAAGCGCUAACAGUUCAGCAAUAUGCUGAUAUUUUGUCUAAGAGUCUGGGGAAAGACAUCCGAGAUGCAAAGAUCACCCCUGAAGCUUAUAAGAAGCUGGGAUUCCCUGCGGCAGAGGAAAUAGCCAAUAUGUGCCUUUUCUAUCAAAUGAAGCCAGAUCGUGAUGUCAAGCUCACCCAUCGACUAAACCCCAAAGUCAAAAGCUUCAGCCAGUUUAUCUCAGAACACAAGGAAGCCUUCAAGGACGUAUAGAAAUUCAGACAGGCCCUGGUCACACACCCUCUUUCUUCCCUGAUUUUAUUCCUCUUUGCAACACAACAUUCACAUGUACAUGUUACUGUGCAAUUAUUUGCAACCAAAAAGGAUUUCUUGCAGCCCUCUUUUCAAGGAAACACUGCAUUGGUGAUUUGACACAGUACUUUGAACUUUCCAAUUAGUGACAAGGAUAGGGCACCUGUUUGGUUAGAUGAGCGGCCCCAAACUCAUAUCACCAUUUGUAGCUCGCUCGCUCUCCAAGAACCAACUUCCCUCAAAGGAACCUGACAUGAGGAAUUUGGAGCUUCUUUCCUAACAUGAAUGGGAGGCCGCUCAACUUUCUCCCCAGUGAGUGAUCACCAGCCCUGCUUCUGAAAUUCCCCUAGGCAGUUUUCUCAAGGGCAUUGCAAAACUCUCAGUGAACUUUUAAGUAAUUUGAAUUUUUAAAAAUGAGUAUGUAGAGAGCAUCCUGGAGUACGUGGUGUUCAAUGAACAAGCACGAGCCCUGGAAACUCUAAAAUCCAGAGUCAACCUUUGCUUGAAGGUUGGAAGUUCAUUAGGAUUCAUUCAUUAAAUCAUCUAUUGAAGCAUCAUUCAAUUAUUUAUUUAUUCAUUCCUCUGUUCUUCAUUUAUCCACUGCACAGGCUUUUUUUUUAGAGACAGAGUCUCACUUUAUUGCCCUUGGUAGAGUGAAGUGAUGUCACAGCUCACAGCAACCUCCAACUCCUGGGCUUGAGCGAUUCUCUUGCCUCAGCCUCCCAAGUAGUUGGGACUACAGGCGCCCGCCACAACGCCCGGCUAUUUUUUGUUGCAGUUUGGCUGGGGUCAGGUUUGAACCCACCACCCUUGGUAUAUGGGGCCAGCACUCUACCCACUGAGCCACAGGCACCACCCCACACAGGCAUUUUUUUUUUUUAGCACCAGCACUGGUAGUACAUUUGUGGACUUUGCUCCUUUCCUAUGUAUUUUCUUACUGGAGUGAUCCAUUCUUCAAAGGCCACCAUGACUCCUGUUCCAUUUGUGGUUGGGUUUUUGUCAUGCCAGGGCAAGAAGGGCCAUCCAACCAUUUAGCUCCAAGAGAAACCCAAAGACUCUGCAGUGGGUUAAGGCCAGGAAGCUGGAGGCAAGGCCUGGUAGGGAAGUGGAAAGAGGAGAUGACAGAGAGCCCCGCACUACCUUUAUAUCUCUGGCUAGCAUUUUCUACACUAUAUCGUAAUCAUCUUAUUUACUAGUUUUCUUCCUGGCUGUGAGUGACUUAUACUUCUCUUUAUCUUAGUGCCUGGUACAUAAUAGGUGAUCAGUAAAUGUCGAUUGACUAAAUGAGUAAAGUUAAUUGAUCUUUUCAUUACAAGAAAAGAGAAAAACAGUUGCAUAGAUCUAAGUGGGGUGUGUGUAUGGAAAUAUUAACCAGCAACGGGUACCUUAAGGGUGAAAAGGUGUCCACUUCUUAGAUGGGAGAACCCCAACAUGUGGUCCUGGGAGCAAUAGAGCAAGGAUAGGGAUGGUGGUGCCUGUGUGAGAGGUGACAGCAGUCUGGGAUCUGAGACUUGGGGCUGCCAAAUUUCAGCCUUUUUUUGUCUUUUAAGGCAUCAAGGGGUAAGUGUUUAUCGAAUAAAUGAUGUUGCAGAUUAAUUUCACUUCUUGGGAGAAAUCGUAAUCAAAGUGCAUUUGAGUACCCAUCUCCUUUUCAAAGUAUAAAUCUCUCUAGCAAUAAUCUCUGUGCAACUUAACCGCUCAGACUUGGGAAAUGGGCCUGGGUGUAUUUCUAAAAAGGGAAAAGAAAAAGAAAAAAAUGCUAAACUAAAAAUAGUUGACAUAUUACUCAUCUGGGUGGAUCAUGCAGGAAGAAUGACUGCUGUUCUCUAAAUAAACCUUGGGGUCCUGCAAAUGGAGAGUGACUACCGGCUUGAGGAUCGCCUGGGCCCAUUGUGCGUUCACUGGAAGGGGAGUUGUUUCAGUCUGGGACAAGGCUGGGUAGCUAGGGGCCAGUCCCAGCCGUUGCUUCUGAAAAGCACAAAAAGUCCUUUCAGGAUUUGGAACCCAACUUGAUGAGUGGGCAAUCUGAAAUGAGACCAUGAACUUUAGGACCUUGAUAUUGCAUGACCAAGAAGGUAAAACAACUUCAAAAGUUUAAGUACCAUAAAAUGUCUCCUAGGACAUUUGAAUGUUUGUUGAAUGUGGAUACGAGAUUCCACACCACCCUCUCUCACUCCUGCCCAGUGGUCUCCAGGCCUUGGGAGAAAGCAAAUGCCCUGUGGAGUUGCUCAGGUGUAACUGUCUCUUACUGCCCUACCCCCAUUGGUAUGCACCUGUUGAAAGUAAUUCUUCUGUGGUAUAUGUAUGUAUAUCAUGGAAUACUAUUCAGCCAUAAAAAGAUGGAGACAUUACAUCUUUUGUAUUAACCUGGAUAAAGUUGGAGAACAUUUUCUUUAUCAAAGUAUCACCAGAAUGGAAAAUCAAGUAUCCAAUGUACUCAAUACUAAUAUGAAGCCAGUAGAUGAACUAAUACACACCUACAUAAGAGAAAAAUUCAAUUUAAUUCAAGUUGGGGGGAGGGAGAAGAAAGAAAAGGGGAGAGAGGAGAAGGGAGGGGGAUCGCUGUGCUCCCACCUAAUGGGCACAAUGGGUUUGGGACACAACCAUAACAGGGUCCUUACCUAACAAAUGCAAACAUUGUA